GAAACUAGCCUUCCUAGCUUUCAAAAGCUCAUUCCUGGGCAUAUCGUCUCCUCAUAACAUCAAUUGGUUCCAUAUCCAAUCUUUGAUUUCAUCGUCUCGUCAGAGUUUCAAGAAAUUAUACACAAACAUGAGUGCCUUGAGUCUCCCCAGAAAGCUUUGGGAGCAUCCCAGCCCCCAAAGCACAGCUAUGUAUAAACUGAUGCAGGAGAUCAAUCAAAAACACCAUCUUCAGAUCGACAACUUCUGGGAUCUCUGGCAAUAUUCCACCACCCACCGAGCUCAGUUCUGGGACCAAACUUUCCAAUACCUCAAUCUCAUUUACAGCGGCUCAUACACUACCGUCGUUGAUGAGAGUGCCCCUAUAGAUUCUAUACCCCGUUGGUUCUCGGGCGUAUAUAUGAAUUUUGCCGAAAAUAUCUUGUAUUCGCGAGUACCCGGUCAUGCUUCAUCUCAGAGAAGUACAAUUGGGAAAGAAGAUGAUAAGAUUGCUUUGACUGAGGUUCGAGAAGGAGGAACAGAAAUACGUGAUAUUAGUUGGGGGAAAUUGAGGAAAGAGGUAGCGGAAUUAGCUAGUGCUAUGAAGGAACAUGGUGUCGGGAUGGGCGAUAGAGUGGUGGUUGUGGCUAGUAAUUCUUUUGAUACUUUGAAGGUUUUUCUGGCGGUAGCAUCGCUUGGUGGCUUGUUUAGUAGUAGUUCGACGGAUAUGGGAGUUCAGGGUGUUUUGCAACGGGCUUUACAGGUUGAGCCAAAGUACAUUUUCAUGGACGAUUGGACAGUUUAUAAUGGCAAGACAGUUGAUCUUCGCGAGAAGAUGGUCGCAAUCGUGCAUGGAAUGAAAGAUAUUAAAGAGUUCAGAGGAAUGGUUUCUAUGCCUAGAUUCCAAACACCCUCAGAUACUACCGGCAUCCCUCGUACUCAAAGUCUAUCUACUUACCUCUCAAAAUCUACAUCUCAGACUCUCACUUUCGCAAAAACAGCCUUCCACGAUCCUUUCUUCAUUGCAUAUUCAUCUGGCACCACUGGAACACCAAAAUGCAUUGUCCAUUCCAUUGGUGGCGCAGUUCUCAGCGCAGCUAAAGAAGGAAUCCUCCAUCUAGAAGCCGGUCCCCAUUGUACCGUCCUUCAAUACACAACAACCGGAUGGAUAAUGUACUUCAGCUCCAUCUCUAAUCUACUCACCGGAUGUCGUCUAGUUCUCUAUGAUGGAAGUCCCUUUCAGCCCGAUCUCACUACCUUUGUAAAACUUCUUGGCGAUUUGAAAGUUACGCACUUUGGGACAUCUCCAAGGUGGAUGGCAGAAAUGCAGAAAAAUGGGAUUGUGCCGAAAGAUGUGACGGAUCUUUCAAGUUUGCAUACGGUGACAAGUACGGGUAUGGUAUUAUCGGAUCAAAUCUUUGAAUGGUUUUACGGUGUGGGGUUUCCAGAAAAGGUGCAUCUGGCUAAUAUCUCGGGAGGAACGGACAUUGCAGGAUGCUUUGGUCAAGGGAAUCCCCUGACUCCAGUUUAUGUUGGAGGGACUCAAGGUCCUAGCUUAGGCACACCUAUCGCAGUUUACGAUGCUCUCAUCGAAAGCGGACAAGGCGUUCCAGUUGAGCACGGCACACCCGGUGAACUAGUCGCUCCCCACGCUUUCCCCAACAUCCCCGCCUUCUUCUUCCGCGACCCUAACGGUUCCUUGUACCACUCUUCCUAUUUUUCCAAAUAUACCCACGUCUGGACCCACGGUGAUUUCGUAUCCAUUCACCCCGUAACUCAUAACUUGCAUUUCCACGGUCGAGCUGAUGGUGUCUUGAAUCCUAGUGGUGUUCGUUUUGGCAGCGCGGAGAUAUACAGUAUUAUUGAAAAGUAUUUUGGAAAGGAAGUUCAGGAGAGUUUAUGCGUGGGGCAGAAGAGAGAAAUGGAUGAGGAUGAGAGGGUAAUGCUGUUUCUAGUGAUGAGAGAGGGCGAGAAAUUUAAUGAGAGGUUGAGAGAAAAAGUAAAAGAGAUAAUCGGAAGGGAAUUGAGUAAAAGACAUGUUCCGAGAUGGAUUUUCGAAGCCCCAGAUAUUCCUACAACAGUAAAUUUGAAGAAAGUCGAACUGCCCGUCAAGCAAAUCGUCUCGGGCAAAAUCAUUAAACCAAGUGGCACUCUGCUCAAUCCAGAGAGUUUGCAAUUCUUCUAUCGGUUUGCGAAGGUUGAAGAGCUCGUUAUGGGAGAGGAAGAAGGGGGGAAGAGUAGAGAAGGAAAGAGAGAGAGUAAAUUAUAGAGAGAUGGGAUGAACAUGGAAUGAAGCAGGAAUAGAGAUGGGAUACUGGAGUAUAGAUUGAAUGUUAAGUAGUUUGAGUAGAUUGAUUUGGGGUUAUUUUUCUUAUUUAUUUUUUUAUGCUCUAUUAGGUAUUAUAACGGUAUUUUUUAUAUGACUCGCCAUACCUCAUAUCAAAAAAGGCUACUCAGCAACUAUAUAAUCAUUAUCGUAGUACUAGUAGAUACCCCA